AUGGGCGACGAGAUGAUCCGAACGCCGGAGGAUGAUGAGUUCGCGGAAGCUGACGAGAUCCUUUCAGAGCUCAGGAAGAAAGCCGACACAGGUGAAGGAGACCUUCCUUGGGGCGAUUGCCUGAGCCGGUCCUGGGAGGAUGGAGUUCUUCGCGUUACUCGCUCGUAUGCGACUAGCUCCGACGGCUCAUCCCCGGAUCUGAUCAUCCAGGAGUUUCCGUACUCCGCGCAUCCGUGCUCCGGUGUGGGCGGCACAGGUGGAAUGGUGUGGCCAGGUGCCAUCCUGCUCGCAUCGCAGCUUCGAAGAAGGUCUGAGCUGCUUUCAGAAGCUUCUGUUGUGCUUGAACUCGGCGCCGGUUGUGGCUUGCCCGGUCUCGCUGCAGCGUCGCUGCUGAGAAAUGCAGGCGAAAGUCGCGUGAUCUUGACCGACGGCCCUGAGGCUGUCCUCGCCAACCUCGAGGAGAAUGCCCGAGCCAACGCCGAUCGAGUCUCUCCAGUGGAGCUGCAAGUUUGCAAGCUGAUUUGGGAGGAGCUGCUCGAUGGCUCCGCGCCUCCUCCCGCCGAGGAGAUCGACUUGAUCCUCGGCUCGGAUGUGAUCUGGGGUGACCGGGGUCCAUUGGUGGCCCACGUGGCUCGCCUGCUGGUGAGGCCUGCCGGCUGGCUCGUGAUCAGCGCACAGAAGGGAAGAGAAGGUCUCGAUGCCUUUCAACAGCUGCUUUGCUCGACAACCGCACCUCUCGGCCCUGCCUUCACCAUCGAGGUGCUGGAAGAGCAGAUGAAUGGAGAGGCCUUCCUGGUGUUCUUUUGCCGACGGGACGCAAACUGA